AGUCCAACAACCUUGAAGAUGAAGAAGCAACCUUUUGUUAAGUGAAAACCCCCGAAGUUUUUCUAACUUUUACAUUUCCAAAACAAGAAGUCUACAUUUCCGGGUUCCCAUCUUUUAUGAAUCAUUGUUCAAAUUUUGCUCAGAAGAUGUGGUGUAAUUUCUCUUUUUCAGUUGAGCAACAAGUCAAUCAGCAUUACUAACCUCCUUCCUAGCCACGGAUGAUCAUGAUGCGGCCCCCGCCCCACCUUAUUACUAGCAUUAAGCCUCACAACCAUCGCGUUCGAUAAGACAUAGACAAAUCUACUCGCGCAACAAAAACACAAUGGCUCCAUUCGCAAAUUCUGGCAGCGGGGGUUCGUCGUCCGGCGGCCCCGGAACUACUGCCGGUGACGAGAACAAUCCGGGUGCCGGGACAAGCAGGCAGAUCAACCCGGCGCUGUACCAGCGACCGCGGCUAACCACCUAUCUCCGCGCCCACGUGGAGGCGGAAAAAGACGAGCAAAUCGACAUUGAAAUCGAGUACAUCAAGCGUCAGAGGGAACUGAAAAGACGCAGGAUAGCCAGCGAGGGCGGCGGUGGGUCCUCGUCGUCUUUGUCCGCAAACAGGCAUUUAGAGGACCAGGAGUGGAGCCUGAAGCGGUUCGGGGGGAGGGACGGGGGGUACGAGAACCGCACCGCGUUUCGGUCGUUUCAGAACGAGGUCAAGAAGCAGCUGGGGGACAGCACGGAAAUCAAGGCCGCAGACAUCGAGCAGAUCGUCUACGAGCACUGCAUUCUCCUCUCUGAGACGAUCAAGAAGCGGGAUAUCAAGCAGAACAUUCACAAGGAGCUCGGGUUCGCGCUGUGGUCAACCUCGGUGGAUGAGCAGAAAACCGCACAGCAGAUCGAGGUGAUGCUGAAGCUCGCGAAUGAGCUCGCGGUCUUUGACACGUUCAAGCGGUCACAGGUGUUGAAGAAAAAAAAGCAGGAAAUUCGAGAAAUGUUCGAACUGAACGACACCGACUUGAAGUACGGAACGAAUGCGGUAGCAGAUCUGGAUGAUUACGAGGAGGAGGAAUCGACAUCGAAAAGGUCCGCAGAUCUUUUCGAGGAGAACAACACCUACCAGGUGAACGAAUUCGGCGAGGUUUCCAUGGGCGGCGGUAGGAACCGCGCGCAAAACCUGUUCGGAUUCGGUCUUGGCUACCAAGACCCGUUCGCUAGAUAUCGAGCGGAAAAGUAUGCUGUGGGGCCGGCACAGAAUAUCACGGCGGCUUUUGGAGCAAAUAACUUAGACUUUGAUGAUGUCGUGGCAGCGGGCGGAAGCAGCAACUUCGAACUGGGCGGCCAACAGGUCAGAGUGGAAGUGCACCACAAAGCUGCCGCGCAGCAAGCAGGCGGGUCCUCAUCGAGCAGCGCACCUACUGCGACAAACCUGCCAAACCUGCGAUUUUUGAAGCAGCUCAGUUCGAAGUUUUUCCAGGACCACCCGGACGUGCCCAUGACCAUCGAGGAGUACACGCUCCAGCUGCUCCAGGGGCUCGAGCAGAACGACGAGAAUGCCCUCGCGGAACAGCUGAAUUUCGACUUCGAGAAGCUAACGGAAAUCUUCGAGCGGAAGGACCGAAUUCUGGAGGACUGGAAGCAGGCCGUGGCGAAGUCCGGGUUCAUCAACCCGAACAGCAAAGCGGAAAAUCGGGCGAAACAGGAACAGCACGAGAUGCACCGGGAACUUCUCACCGUGGGUUUCACCGUGACCAGGAAGCAGAAGGCGUCGCAGUCCGAACAGAAGCAAGUGGACCCGCUGACUGUGUUACAGCGCUUGUUUGACGGCGCGGACGAGUCGUUCUCGAACGCCGUCGACGGGGGCGGCGGAUCCGCGUCCUCCGCCGCCAAACUGGGCUUCCCCACGGGUCCAGGCAUGGAUCACCUUUCCGGGAUCGCCACGUCGCUUCCCAUCAACGCGACACAGGUGAAGGGGAAGGAAUAUGACGUCGUCACGAUUCCUCCGCCAGCAAAGAAGGACAACGCACAAUUCAGACUGGUAAACGUCGACGAACUGCCGGCGUUUGCGCAGCCGGCGUUCAACGACACUGGCGGGACGGGGAUGUUGAACAUCAUCCAGUCCAAGGUCUACAAAACUGCGUUUCGCUCCAACAACAACUUUCUGAUGUGCGCCCCCACGGGUGCGGGAAAGACAAAUGUCGCUUUGCUGUCAAUUCUGCGCUUGAUCCACCAAAAAGUGGGUGAGAACGACGGCAAGAUCGAUUUGUUCCCGGACGUUUCCGGUGGGAAGGACGCGAAGGGUAAGGGAAAGAAGGGCAAAAAGGGAAAAAACGACGAAGAGGAGAACAACCCCUACGCCAACGCGGUCUUCAAAGUCGUCUACCUCGCCCCGAUGAAGGCACUUUGUGCGGAGGUGGUGGAGAAGUUCAGCAAGAAACUCCAGCACGUCGGGAUCCAGGUGCGCGAGUUGACCGGGGACACGCAGUUGUCCAGGCAAGAAUUGGAACGGACCCACGUGAUUGUCACCGUGCCGGAAAAGUGGGACGUGAUGACACGGAACUCCACCUCCGGCGGCGGCGCCAGCGACACGACCUCGUUGCAGAAAUUGGUGGAGUUGAUCAUCGUCGACGAGAUCCACCUGCUCCACGAGUCCCGCGGCGCGGUCAUCGAAUCUGUCAUCGCUCGAACGUUGCGAUAUCAGGAAUCCUCCGGGCACUUCACCCGGCUCGUCGGCCUCUCCGCGACUUUGCCAAACUACAAGGACGUGGGUGAUUUUCUCCGCUGCUCGAACGACAACAUUUUCUAUUUCGACGGAAGCUACCGCCCAAGCCCCCUGGAGCAGACCUUCCUCGGGAUCCACAACCUGUCCUCGAACAAGAAAAUCAACCAGAUCAAGCGGCUCCAGGUGAUGAACAAGGCCUGCUACGACCAAGUGCUCGCCGCGGUGAAAGACGGACACCAAGCCAUGGUGUUCGUCCACUCCCGGUCCGAUACCUACAAGACCGCCAAGGCGCUGAUCGACAUCAUGGUGGAACGGGGGCACGAAUCCUUUUUCAGCUGCAAUCAGGGCGAGGGGCAGCGCCAGAACUACGGGAAGUUCUGCAAAGAGGUGGACCGGGCGAGGUCACCGGAGUUGAAGGAGAUUUUCCGCCGCGGCUUCGGCAUGCACCACGCGGGACUGCUGCGGCCGGACCGGAAUUUGAGCGAAAACCUGUUCCGGGGCGGGGGCAUCAAAGUGCUUUGCUGUACUGCCACGCUCGCGUGGGGCGUGAACUUGCCCGCUCGAAAGGUGAUCAUCAAGGGCACGCAAAUGUACGACGCGGAGAAGGGUGGUUUUGUGGAUGUCGGGAUUCUCGACGUGCAGCAGAUUUUCGGCCGCGCGGGGAGACCGGGACUGGACGAUUUUGGUCAGGCCUGUCUGAUAACGGAGGAGGAAACGAUGCGGAAAUACCUCGCGAAGCUGACGAACCAGACGCCGAUUGAUUCCCAGUUCCUUUCCCGUUUGGAGAACUCCCUCAACGCGGAAAUUUCCAUGGGAAACAUCAGCAGCGAGCGCGACGCGGCGGACUGGCUCACGUUCACCUACUGCUUCAUCCGGAUGUUUCGAGAGCCAAUGGCUUUCGGCAUCCCGAUGUCGGAAAUUCAGUUCGAUUCCACCUUGGAAAAAUUCCGCCGCAGCAAGGUCCGCGAAGCCGCGGAGAAGCUCUUUCAGGCGAGGUUGAUCCGGGUGGAUGCGAGUAAGAAUUACUUUCCAACCGAUUUGGGCCGGUGCGCCGCGCGGUACUACUUGGACUACGAAACCGCGGAGGCGUUUUCGAAGGAAUUGACGGAAUCCGCGAAGCCGGAAGACAUUCUGCGGCUGUUCGGCGAGGCGACGGAGUUCAAACAAAUGAAGAUCCGGGACGACGAGACGAACGAAUUGGACGAGUUGAAGAAGAACAAGGACAUCUGUGUGCACAAAAUCGUCGGGGGCGCCAUCAACCAGUCGGCCGCAAAUCAGAGCAACGACAGCGUGUCGACGAAGGUGUCGAUUUUGCUGCAGGCAAUUAUCUCUCGGGCGCGGAUUCAGUCGUUUUCCUUGACCUCGGACAUGAACUACAUCAUGCAGAACGCGUCGCGUCUCUUCCGCGCCAUGUUUGAGAUCACGCUGACCCGCGUCGCCGGGCUCUCCAACAUGUCGGAGUCCCUGCUCGAGUGGGCGAAACAGGUCGACACCCGCAUUUGGGCGCACGCGCACAUGCUCCGGCACUUCUGCUAUCCGCCGGCGCACGCGCAGAAGAAGCAGUUUGGCCGGGACGAUCGGAAGGGCGGGGUGCUCAAAUUUGAGACGGCGGACCGGUUGGAACGGAACAGUAACUGGAAUUGGUGUAUGCAUUGCAAAAGUAUCGUACUAGUAUGAAUUGCAUUUAAUGCAAUUCAUUUCCAUUCCAUUCCAGUACAAAUUCCAUUUGUCAUGCUGAGGAAAUUUGUAAUACAAAUUUCCUCAGCAUGACAAAUGGAAUUUGUAAUGCUGAUUGACCUAUGGAAAAAGAUUUGUAAUGCAUAACUGCAAUUACUACGAGUACGAUACUUUUGCACAGGAUAUGGUGGAAUUUGUGGGACAUGGAGUGGGACGAGAUCAAGUACAUCAUAUCCAGGACAAGACACCCAUCUCCAUCCAAUUUGUCAUGCAAAACAUGCAUAAAAUCCCCUAUUUGUCAUGCAAAACAUGGAUGGGGAUGAGUGUUUUUUCCUGGAUACAUCAUUCCCGAGCACAACGAGGCGAAGCUCGUUUCGCGCUACCGCGCCCGAGUCCCCUAUCUCGACGUGUAUCCUGAGUAAAAACGUACCCACACCAGAGUCAGGAUGGGGAUUUUGCAACACAAACCUAGGAGUUUUAGGAGUCACGCAUGACAAGUUUCAGUCCGUAAGGUAGUGCAAGUUAGCAAGGAAAGCCGCAUCACAAAUCGACCUUCUGAUCCUGUUUACAGCAUUACAAGUUCCCAAACACGAUUGAAAAUGCCCGUCAUGGGGUUGCGCAUCACAAAUGUUCCUGUCAUGGCAAAUCUGCAUGACAACUCUGGGGUGGGGACGUUUUUACACAGGAUAACGUGGGCCACGUGAUCACGCCGAUCACGAGCACGAUUUUCCGCAUAAAGCUCACCCUGCAACUGAACGAGCACAUAUGGAUUGCAAAUAUGUCUGGGUCUGGAAACUUGUAAUGCUAAAAGUGAAUGGUAGACUGACGCACUGCAUUACGCAGCCACGCAUGACAAAUUUGCUGGCUCCCAUGUCUUACGUACCCCGCAUGGCAAACUGCGUUUUUGCGUGACAGGUAAGGGGACCUUUUUGUGCCUAUGCAACACAGAUUCUCGAGUCAUGCCAGACAAGCAUGACAAACUUGCACUCUUCCAGACCCAGACGCUUUUGCAUUUGAUAGCACUGCGAGUGGAGCGACAACUGGAGCGGAUCCUUCGAGCCGUUCUACAUCUGGGUGGAGAACCCCAUGACGAAGGACAUCCUCCACACCGACACCUGGACGCUGCAGAAGAAACAAAUGGAGGAAAAGGCGGAACUGUCGUUUGUGAUCCCUUUAAACCAGCCUCACCCGCCCCAGUACGUGAUCACCAUUAUCAGCGAGCGCUGGGUGGGGCUGAAAUUCACGAGUGAAUUUUCGGUCAGCCAGUACCUGCUGCCGGACCAGGAGAUGGCACACACGCCGUUGCUCGACCUGUACCCGCUGCCGAAGACCGCACUGCAGGACAAGAAGUUCGAGAAUUUGUACAAGUUUUCGCAUUUCAACGCGGUGCAAACCCAGGUUUUUCACACGCUCUACCACACGGACUAUAACGUUCUCGUCGGCGCCCCGACCGGGUCGGGGAAGACGAACAUCUAUCCUGUGCAAAACAAGUAUCGUACUCGUAUAAAUGCAAUACCUGCAUUACAAAUCUCUUUUUCAAGGCAAAUCAGCAUUACAAAUUAAACUAAAUUAAAUUUGUAAUGCUGGACUAAUUUGUCAUGCAAUUUAUAGAUACUAGUACGAUGCUUUUGCAAUGCAUAACAUCGCGGAACUGGCGAUGUUCCGGCUCUUCAACAAGACGCCCGACAUGAAGGUCAUCUACAUCGCGCCACUGAAGGCGCUCGCGAAGGUAUCACGAGAAAAAAGUGUUACAGGUACGCAUUGUGUUGCAGGAGCCGCAAGACAGACAACCUUUGUCAUGCAGGAAAUGCUUGCGAGCCUCGUUUCCUACGUAUUUUCCCUUCAUAUGAUCUCUGCAUUACAAGUUUUGUCUGCCACACAGAGAAAAUUUGUAAUGCAGAAACUCCAACAACUGUGUAACUGUAACACUUUUUUCUUGUGAUAGAAGGAGCGGAUGGAAGACUGGAAGGUCCGGUUUCAGAAGGAAUAUGGAUUGCAAAAAUGUCUGGGUCUGGAGGGUUGCAACUUGUGAUGCUGCCUCUGGCUUCUAAAUAAAAAAUCUGUAUUGCAUGACUAGCAAGAGGAGUCCACUUUGUGCUACGCCGAGAGGGCAUUUCUCAUGCGGAGUAGGCAUCAGAAAGCCGUCUAAAAGUCUGUGAUGCUACGGCAUGCAUUACAGGCGUUGUGGGUCAUGGAAAAUCUGCAUGACAAGUCUUCCAACCUCCAGACCCAGACAUUUUUGCAUUUGAUAAGGAACUGGGGAAGUCGAUUGUCGAAUUGACGGGCGACUUCACGUAUCCUGUGCAAAAGUAUCGUAUUCGUAUAAAUGCAAGCCUUGCAUAACAAAUAUUUUUCUUAAGGUAAAUCAGCAUGACAAAUUUUAUUUCUCAUGCUGAGGAAAUUUGUAAUGCAUUUAUACGAGUACGAAACUUUUGCAGUUCAUAUCACGCCGGAUGUGAACGCGCUGGAUCAAGCGCAGCUGAUUAUCACGAUAUGGAGUUCUCAAAUGUUACAUUCUCAACUGUUACAUGAAUUUGUAAUGCAAGACUGGCAAAAGCGAAGGAAAGGAGGAAGAUUGCGCCUUUUGCAUUACAAGUUUGGCGCAGAUUUAGAUGCUGUUUAGCCCUUCCGAAAUUUGUCACGCGAAGCAGCUCGAUCAUCUGCCGGCUGAAGGUGCUUUUGCAUGACAAAUUCAUGUAACAUUUGAGAAUGUAACGCUUGAGAACGCCAUACACGACGCCGGAAAAGUGGGACGGGAUAUCCCGGCACUGGCAGAGCCGCGCGUACGUGCGAAGAGUGGGGUUGGUCAUCAUCGACGAAAUCCACCUGCUCGGUCAGGACCGAGGACCUGUGUUGGAGGUGAUUGUGUCGCGCAUGCGGUACAUUUCCGCGAACUUGGACGUGCCGAUCCGGUUUGUCGGGCUCUCUACCGCGUUGGCGAAUUCGCACGACAUUGCGGAUUGGCUGGGGAUCGGGAUGGUGGGUUGUUUCAAUUUCAAGCCGUCUGUUCGACCCGUCCCCAUGACGGUGCACAUUCGCGGCUUUCCGGAAAAGCACUACUGCCCGAGGAUGGCGACGAUGAACCGUCCGGCUUACGAGGCGAUCAAACACCAUUCGCCCACGAAACCGGUGUUGAUUUUCGUCUCUUCCCGUCGGCAGACACGGCUGACAGCGCUAGAUCUGAUCGGCUUGAUCAACGCCGAUGUGGAGAACUUAAUGAACGACAGAGCCAACGGGAUCGCAGUCGAAGCUGCUUCAUCUCCCAGGAUGAACGGCGAGGGUGGUACAACAACCGGUGCAGGAGCGGCCUCAUCGAGCUCCAGCAGUACAGCGAACAAUUCUACUACUCAGGAAAACUUCGGGCACCCCUUCCGCAGAUUCGACCCCGCAACGGAUAUUGAGUAUCUGGAGAAGAAGCCCUGGAUCACGGACCCGAACCUGGCAAUGUUUCUGGAGAACGGGAUCGGCAUUCACCACGCGGGUCUGACGGAGGAGGACCGCUUGUUGGUCGAGAAGUUCUACUUGAAAAACAAAAUCAUGAUCCUGAUCGCGACUUCGACGCUCGCUUGGGGGGUCAACUUCCCCGCGCACUUGGUGAUCAUCAAGGGGACGGAGUACUUCGACGGGGCGAGCAUAUGCACUGCAAAAGUAUCGUACUCGUAGUAAUUGCAGAUAAGCAUGACAAAUCUUCUUCCUAAGGCAAAACAGCAUUACAAAUCCCACUUUUCUUCUUGCCAAAACUUGUAAUGCAAUUUAUACUAGUGCGCUACUUUUGCAAUGCAUAGAGCAAGCGCUACGUCGAUUUCCCCAUUACCGACGUUCUGCAGAUGAUGGGGCGCGCGGGCCGUCCGCAGUUCGACGACAAGGCGGUCGCCGUGGUGUUCGUGCACGAGCCGAAGAAAAACUUCUACCGCCGGUUUCUGUACGAGCCGUUUCCGGUCGAGUCCAGUCUGCAUGAGCAGCUCACCGACCACUUGAAUGCUGAGGUGCACGCGAGAACCAUCACGGACCGGGCCGAGGCGGUGGACUACUUGACUUGGACGUAUUUCUACCGGCGGCUGACCGCGAACCCGAGCUACUACGACCCGGCCGCAGCGUUGCAAGAGAACUCCGCGGACGCCAGCUUCAGCGCGACGGCGGCCACCAGCAACGCGAACAAGUCCGCAGCGCAACAGCGGCAGUUGACCAGUUACUUGGAGAAGCUACUGGAUCGCUCCUUAGCGGACUUGGUCCGCGCCAAGUGCAUCCGGCUGAAGGACGCGGGACAAGACGAGGAGGGAAAUUGGAAGCCGCUGCUGAUCGAGCCGCAACCGCUCGGGAAAGUUGCGUCGUUGUACUACAUGGGACACAAGACGGUGUUUGAGUUCCAGAACACCUUAGAGAAAAACACGGACGAGGGCAUGUAUCGUGUGCAAAAGUAUCGUACUCGUACAAAUGCUAAUGCAAGUCUUGCAUUACAAAUCUUGCAGCCUCCAAGGUAAAUCUGCAUCACAAAUUUUAUUUCUCACGCUGAGAAAAUUUGUAAUGCAUUUAUACGAGUAGGAGUACGAUACUUUUGCAGUUCAUAGCAUGUCGUUUCUGGACAUUCUGAAAAUGAUCUGCAACUGCCCGGAGUACCGGGAGCUACCCGUGAGGCACAACGAAGAUCAGCUGAACAUGGAGUUUGCAGAGAAACUGCCCAUACCCUUGGACUUGGCCACCCAGUCCUACGACUCCCCGCACACGAAGGCAUUUCUGCUGCUGCAAGCGCACUUGUUCCAGCGCGAUCUGCCUUCUACGGACUACAAAACGGACUUGAAGUCGGUGUAUGGAUUGCAAAAGUAUCGUACUAGUAUAAAUCGCAUUCGCAAUACAAAUUUCCUUAGCAUUAGAAAUGGAAUUUGUAAUGCGGAUUUGCCUUAAGAAAAAGAUUUGUAAUGCAUGAGUGCGAUUACUACGAGCACGAUACUUUUGCACAGGAUACGGCGCUCGACCGUACGAUUCCGAUCAUCCAGGCGCUGGUCGACAUCGCCUCGGAGGAGGCGCAGUGGAGGACGUGCCUGAAUUUGAUCACGUUGCUCCAGUGCCUCCACCAAGCGACCCACCCGUGGCGGAGUUCGCUGUUCACCCUCCCCUACCUGAACUCGCCGGGGGCCUCCGUUGCCACCUCGCGCGCGUUAUGGGACUGUCAGGAUCGAAAUCGACAAGAUCGAAAAACUUGAGAUGCACAAAAUCGAUGCACGUUAGACCCACAGUUUGUAGUCGGCGCAUGGCAAAUUUCCCACGUCCUGGAAACGAAUCUGUCAUGCAGUUUAGGGCAAAAGCGCUCCCCUCUGUCAUGCUAGCCACCAACCCAAUUCGUGACGACCCUUGGCAGGACUACAAUCUGCCUCCUUUGCGUCCUCUGCAAUAGAGUCACUUUUUGUGUCGCAUUUUCUGCAUGACGUUUAUUUCGACUUUGUCGAUUUCGAUCCUGACGCUUCCAUACGCGUCCAACAAAACGUACCAGAUGGAAAUCGUGGAGUUUCUAGAUCAGGAGGAAAGCAUCAACUCCCUACCGGAACUCCUCGACCGGGACUACGAUUGCCGCAAAAUCUUGAAAAAGGCCUUCCACAGCUCGAAGCAACUGAAGACCAAGAGGAUAUCAGAGGAGAGGACGGGAAUGAUGUUGAAGGAGAUCUCCGAUGUGGUCCGACAGCUGCCGAAGCUGCGACUCGCCUUCAAGCUCUUCCAAGUGAAAGACGUCCCAGGCGACCCGCCCCCAGAGGGCGGAAACGACUACGAGGAGGACGAGGGCGACAAAGUGCAAGUGACUCUGAAACUGAAUGGCACGAUCAACGAGAGCGCCAAUAGCCAGAACAAGCACAUGAGCGAGAAGCAAGGGGGUCAAAAUAGUAGAGCGGGACAAAAGAGGAGGAAGGAAAAGCGACAUCCGACAAACCCGAAUGCGAUUUGGAAUCCGAAGACGGGGAAAUGGAAAGAGCGAAUUUCUCUAAACACGGAGGAACCGCCAGAAGACCACAGCAAGCCGACAAGGAUAGAGGUUAGAACAGUUCUGCAUUAUUGACAUUGACUGAGGAAAAAUUUGACUUUCCUGUUGUGAAUGUGCAGCUUUUGUUUGAUGUUGCUUAUCUGGAUGUCGUGGUGCAGGAACAACUUUGAUUUUCAUGUUUUUCGGUAGAUCAUAGUGUAUCAAGAGGCGUAUCAUACUAGCUAAGUGGUGCUUGUAGUCUAAAUUCCAAGGAUCGCGAAGAUUUCUAUUCUAUUUCAUCAGCCUUUGUUAGAAACUAGAAGUAGAACUGCAACCACCACCAGCACCACCAUUUUUCGGCGAAAAUAUCGUUUCCAAAAACGCCACACCAGGUCCCUUCUGGGUGCAACCUGGAGCUCGAGAUCUACACUUGGUACGCCAAUUCCCCGAUGAAGUACGCGUUUGCCCCCAAGUUCCCGAAGAAGAAAACCUACUCGUGGUGGCUCCUCCUGGGUGACGCCGAGAACGACGAGCUGAUUCAGAUGAAGCGCGUUCUGAUGCAGCCGCUGCACCGCACCAAGAAGGUGGUCUUUGAUUUCGAGGCACCGGAGGAAGAUCCCGGGGAGUCGUUUGUACUGAACUUGUGCUGCUCGAGCGAUUCGUUCUUCGGCCUGGAUCAGCAAUACGACUUGGAAAUUUGUUUGGUGGAAAACCCAGACCUAGAGGAGCAAGCAGAUGACUCUUCCCAACAUGCUGGUGACGAAGGAGAUGAAAAUGGGGACGCAGAUCCAGAUGCUGGCUCCAGCGGAGAAAAUAGUAGCAACUCGCCCGCGCGUUCCCGGGAGGAGUGGGAAGACGGUCUGGAUGAGGUGGAAGAGGAGCGGUUUAAUUCAGAUACUGAAGACCACAAAGACCACCACGGGAAGUCGAACAACGCAGGGAGCCAUCCAAAAGGAGGCUCCGUGUGGGCCUGAGAGCGAGAGGGAAUUCGAUACAGAACAAGAAAUCCAAAUCCUCGAAGCAUCUCUUUGAAUAAGAGAUGAUAAUCGAUAGCUCCAAAGCGACACCGCACCUAUCCAUCGUUGUACUACAGGCACUCUAUUUAUGAAGUCUCGUAGCGAAUGACGUCGACGACACGCAGCUGUGAACUACUAGCCUCAUUCACCGCAUUCAACAAGG